ACUGUGUUCUCACAUCCCGUGUCACCCCCUGAAGGAGACGAUCUGUGUGCAAUAGAUGUCACCGAUGUGGCCACACACAGUGUGACACUGCCCAUCUGCCUCUGUGGGCUGGCUGGGAAUGGGGCUGUGCUCUGGCUCUUUCAUCUGAAAAGUGGCAACCAUGGCAUCUUUGAUCUGGCUGUUGCCUCCUCCCUCUUCCUUCUCCUCACAAUCCCCUCCACCCCCCCUUCCUGAUGGAGGACAUGUCCUGCUCUCCUGUCAUGCCCCUGCUGUACCUGAGUUUCCUUUUCCAGCUCUCAGUGGUCUCCCACUACUGGGGGCUGUUCCGGCUGACAGCCCACAGCUUACGAAAGGACGUGGCCUCACUCUGCAAGCUCUGCUGCUGCUGCUGCCAACUUUCCGAGCGCCUGAUGUGGGUGGUGUGGAGAGCCAAAUACUGGGUCUUUUCCCCUCUUUUCACUGUCAUUCCUGCUCUGACAUUCCUGUGCCCGUCAAACGAGCAGGAGCACUGCCGGGCAGCUCUCAUCUCCAUGUACACCAUCAUCCUGCUCCUCUUUGUUGCACCCGUGGUCGUUUCCUGCAGAGUUGAUUUCAUUAAUGCCAAGCAGGGCUCCCAGCAGCAGCAACCCAACAGGCGUGACAUGGUUAUCGUCCUCAUUGUGCCCUUCUCUUUCCUCCUCACCAUCUGCAAUUUCCUGCAGCAGCUUGGUUACAUCACUGUGUCCUCCCAGGUUGUUUUCCUGCUCUCCUGCAUCCACAGCAGCAUCAAACCCUUCAUCUACUUCUUGGUGGGGAGGUGCAGGAGGCCCUGCACCAUGAGGUCCCUCCAUUGCUCCCUCCAGAGGGUCUUUGAGGAGCCAAAAGAGAACACUGCUGACGGUGAUGAUCCUGCCAUUGACAGGGGGGUCUGGGCCUCUUGAUCCCUUCCACUGCUCUGGUGAAUGACCCCAGGAAACUGGCCGAAGUUUUUUUGAGCCUCCUGAUGAAUCAAUAUCCACAGGAUCACCUUCCCUGUGGUGGUGUAUUCCUACGAGAAAGGGGAGCAGGAGCAUUGCCUUGGCUGAUUUUUGUGGGAUGCACUGCAGGGAGCACACUGGAGCAUGGCUUUUCUCUUCCCUCCUGCAUCCCCAUGGCUCCAAGCAGUGCAGCUGGGCUCAGUGCUGUUCCCCAGCUCUAUUCCCCAUGGAAUGACCCUCAUGGCCUCAGCCCCAGGGAAUCAACUCCAUCUCCUUGGGCUCAGCAGAUGAGUUUCAUGGUGUUUUCAGGGAGCUCUUGCCUGCAAAGAAUGGGACACCUUAAUCCCUGAGGACACACCCAGCACGGGGUGGCAGUGAUUUCCCAAAUCCCUGUGGGGCUGGUGCCUCUGGAUGGCAGGAGAGGGGUUGGGAUCACAGGGAACAUCCUUCCCCUUUUGCACAGCAGAGCCAGUCCUGCAUUCCCAGCUGAUGGGAAGGGACACCAGGUAGGGCUGCAGAGGUGGGGAGGGACAGCAACAUUCCCUUAUCCUUUCAGUGGGAAUUUGUCACAGGAUUUAAUUCCAAAAUUAAAUCCUUCUCAACAUCAAAGUGCAGGGUCAAUAGUGAUCUCCACUGAUCCUCUGUUCCUGUACCAGAAAGUACAUGGAAUAUGGAAAUUCCCAUCACCAGAUGCUUGGAACAUUUAGUUGCACAGAGAUCAGGGGAUUGUGCUGCUCUUCUGCAGAAUUGGGCCCCUCCAUCCUCUGGUUCCCCAGCAUCAGUGCCCAAGGAAGCCCUUGACCACCUCCAUCCUGAACCUGGCCACCCUCAGGAGGAGCUGCACAGCCACUCUGCACAGCAGCUUCAGCCACAGCCCAGCCACAGCCCUGAUUUUUGUCAUUCUGUAACCACCCCACAACCAGAUUUGGAUUCAUGGUUUUGGUUUCUUUCCACUGUGGUGGUUCCAGCCUCUGAAUUUGUUGAAUGAACAACAUCCAAGCUUCACUGCAGAGCCUGUCCCUGUUGAACAGUGUCCAAAAUGGCUCAUUUCCUUCUUUUAUCCCAGUACAAAGCCUCUGGCUGGUCUGUGAGCAGGCCAGGUACCUGUCUCAUACCAGAGCCCUUCCUAAGGCACGUGCCUGCAAAGCUUGGGAUGAUGUUGGCAGGGCCAAGAGCUCCUCAUUCCUCCUGGGAGAGACCUGGGCAGCAGCCACAUCUCUUGCUCAGGGGAAAGUUGUCCCUCCUUUUCCCACUGCCUUAAAACCAGGGGAAAGCAACGUGCCACUGUUUCUGGAAAGGGAAGUGAGCAUGAAAGCCGUGGGUGCUGAGUCAGGCUUUGGAGAUAAACAUGAGGUUAAACACCUAAGGAGCAUUUAUUCACAGAGUUGUUAAUAAUCAACAGACAAGAGAGACUUUGACAUCUGAUAGGGUUUUUCUCUUCCUGUCUCCUGUUUUCCUACCCUUUGGAAAGCAGAAUCGUUCCAUGGUGCAACCUUGUGUCCAGAAAAGAACAACUCAGCCAAAGGGUUUCUCCCAAGGGAAGUGCAGGAGGAUCAUGAUCCUUCAAUGAACUUUUUCUACUUCCCAGCACCUUCUUGUCUCCACUGUCAUCCAGGCCACUCCCUACCUGAGCUUUAUUUCAAAAAAAGGAAGAUUACAAGGCAAAUUUUUCCUGGGUGGCCCUGCACAUGGCAGAAGGAGAGAUGGUAUGAGAUGAUCUCUAAGUUUCUUUCCAACCCAAACAAUUCCAUGAGGAUUCCUCACCUCAUUCAGAAUCCACCCCAGGCAGGAGAUCCCCUGCUGCACACAGCACCAGCCUGUCAGAGCUCAAGGAGCAUUUGCACAAUGCUCUCAGGCACAGGCUGGGAUUGUUGGGAUGUCCUGUGCAGGGCCAGGAGCUGAAUUCCAUGAUGCUUGUGGUCCCCUUCUAACUCUGGAUUAGAGUGGGUUUUUUUAAUGAUGGUUCUCUUCCAUGAUGAUUAUACUUUAUGAUGAUUCCACUGCAUUGUCCUUAUUCCCUGGCUCUGGAACAUACUCAAAAGCCCUCUGGAAGGCAACACUAACAGAGGGGUGAAUUCCCUUGCACAGCUCCCAGCCAGGAAGUAAAUCAGAGGGUGGGCACUGCUGUUGGCUGAGGAGCCAGAGCACAGCCCCAUUCCCACCAUCCCACACAGGCACAGCAGCAGCAGCAGCGUGACAGGCACUUUGCUCCACUGCCUGCUGGCACACUGGCUCCAGUUGUCGUGGCUCUCCUCAUUCCAGCUCCCCUUGGAUGCCUUCCCACAAGGCUGGCUCCAGCAGGCAGGGCUGGCUCCCUCCGUGGCAGGGGACAAAGUGCUCAUGGUGACACCUCUGCUGCUUCUCCUCCCCUCACAGAGCUGCAGGGGUGACAAACAGAGACACCAGAGCAACGCUGCUGUCCCCCAAACGUGGCUUUCCCAUCUUUUCCUACCCACAGCUUCCAUGUGGAGCAGCACUGGGAGGGGUGAGGGUCUGGGAAGAUGGCAAGGAGGAUGUGGGAGCCUGGUCUGGUGUGCCUGGCACAAAAGCCAGGGAGAUACCUCCUGCCUGGAUGUGGACAGGACAGAGCUGGAGCAGGAAAACAAUUGGAGAAGGAGAGGAUUGCCCAUGGAGAUAUCAGAGAACAAUUGGCUUUGGGAUGGAUCUGAGCUGGACUCUCAGGUGUCAGUUGAUAUCACUGAGCUGCUGGAUUCCUUCAGCAGGACACUCGGUUCAAUAUUCCCUCCCCUUUCCCACAGGAUUUAUACCUUUUAGUUCCCUACAGACCUCAAUUCUGUCUCAAAAUCAAUAACCAGGUUCCACCCCAUAAUGGUUGUGGUUUGGUAAUUUGAGAUUUCACUGAUUUUGAGAUUUUUUUGCUAAUGUACUCAUGAGUGUGCUGGGUUUAGUGUUGGUUAAUCACUGGUGUAUUCACUUUGUGCUGUGAGGAAGGAUUGGAAGAAAGGUAAAGUAGGUUUAAAACUUUAAAAGGGUAUAAAGAAAUGUAUUAACCGUAAUUAAGUGUAAUGGGAAUCAGAAUAAACUUUUAGAACACUUCUCCUUACCACUUUUUCUUUCUAACUGACAAUUUAAAGAAACAAAACUUACCAUUUUAAUCAGUUUAGUACAUCUAGAAUAGUCUUUAGUUCACAUAGGGUGAGAAGUCUCUCAUUGUUAUGGAGACUUCUCUACAAGAAAAAUAGUUCUCUUGUGGUUCUUAAUUUUUUAUGAAAGGUAUUUGUUUUGGGAAAUCUGUAAGUGUGAAUUCUCUCUUAUUUUCUACAAGUUUUUUUCACAGUUGUGUUUACAGGUUAUGUUAACUUUUGGGGUACUGUUUUAAAGAUGAGUUGUUUAAAGGUAAAAUGCUCAUUAUCUAUCUUUAAAAUCAACUUCAUCUCUAUGAACAGAUUUUUUUUUUUUUUUUCCUGGGGGUACAGAACUACUUUUCUCUCUCUGUUCAAACGUGUUCAUGUCGAAAGUUGUAACGCUGAUCUCUGACCAUUGCGGGCAGUCACAGCCCGAAGCGCUGCACAGCCUCCGGGAAGGCGGGACGGAGGCGGAGCUGUGUUGGGAAAGCGGAAUGUGUCUGAAUGUGGGGGAAGGAUUACCGGGGGUGGCUGAGCAAGAGGGUACAAAGCUGUUACUAAUGUGGGCAGUGUGCCUCUGGCCGCGCCUCUGGCUGCAAGCGGGCGCCGAGCGCUUCUCCUUUUACCUUGUCCCUUGCUGUGGUAUAAUAAAUUUCUAAAAGUUUUAAGAA